CUGCUACAUUUGGAUUGAAAGCGUCCACGAAUAUGAUUGAAAAACGCCAGUUUGUGAAUAGAUUCGAUGCUGAUCAGCAACAAACUUACUUCCUUUUUACAGACAUCAUGGAUAUUCAAAACAGAAGCAGACGGUAUUAACGCCAAUAUGGGACUUUUAACUUUACCUGGGAUCAACUGAGGCAGGCGAGCGCACAAUGGAAAGCAAGGGAUUACUGAAACUUGAAUUACUCUACUAGUUCCACACAAAGACACGUGUGUACAGAUGUAACCCGCCCUCUCUGAGCCUCCCAAAGAAUUUGAUCAGUCUUUCCUCAUUAAACCGCACUGAAAACAUCGCCUUGGAUUGUGUCGUUAAACGUCUAGAAAACAUGCACCGGGAAACAAACGCGCAACGGACUUUUGCUGGUGGUCACAUAUAUCUCAUGAAUAAGUGAAUAUUGUGGGACGAUGAAGAGAGCAGCGGGUGAUCAGAAACCACCUUUGGCACCAAAACCGAAGGUUAUCCCAGCACUGCUGCGAACACAACAUCCACCUUCUUCAAAGCUGUGUGUUUACCAGCAUACCUCACCAGCUGCUAAAUGCAAAGUUAAGCCUGAUGUGGCACCAAAACCAUGUCUCUCCAAACUUCCCCCUCCCGCAUUCAAUCCAAAACACCUCAAAUCCACGGUUGGCCAUCAAACUAUUUUACAACAAAAGUCUGACAUCAGCAAGAACGUUGGUGCUUUAAAUUUCAGAAAUGAAACGCACAGUGGCAAUAACAAGCCCGAGUGGGAUUACAUCAUUCCCAUCUGCGUAUGCAACAAACGAAACUGUAUCGAUUGCUCACCAAAGGAAAACAGCCAAAAAGUUCACCAACAAAGUCCUGAUAAGUACAAGGCGAGUAAAACCGAAGGACCCAGAAAGAGUCCACCCAAACCCCCGCAGAGGACUCCAGUAGAACAGAAGCAUUUAGUAACGCCUACUUUGUCCAAGUGCAUCUCUGAACACAGUUCAUCCAAAAAUAGUCAUUUCCAUCCAACAGAGAAACCUCAGAAAACAUCCCAGAUCCAGAACACAGAUCCUCUGAAAGUUCACCAGAAUGGAUCUAAGAUGCAAACGACCAGAAAACACCAAAACAACAUUGUCUCUAGUGUAAAUUCAUCUGUUGAUCAUGAUCUAGAACCUCUAGAAUGUCAGAACACCGUAAGUAGUGUGCAGUGUUGUCCAUCCCCUACUAAGCCAACUUGGAAAACACCAACAGUAGUCAUACAGCGCACAACCAAGAAGGAACAAUCCACCAUUGUCCUUCAAGAGUCAACUGGCCUUACCAAACCAGAGUUUACUGUCUUACCUGUUGAUGUAAAGAAUCUAGAUCCAUUGCAGGGAGACAGUCCUAACAAGGUGAACAUCAAUGCUGUGAAACAUUCAAGAGAGAACAAAGAUCCUCAGGCCGCAAGGAGUGCGAAAAGUACCCAGGGAGCUCCAACACCUGUCCCACGCCAGAAGAUCUCUCGAAUGCAACACAAUAAAACCCAGGAUGCUGGUGUACAUGAGACUGGAAAGACAGCACAAAGUCUGGAUGUAACCUCUGAAAUCAAUAAACAUCUGAAGAAGAUGCCCCAAAAACCUCGACCUGAUGGCCACAGGCAUGAUAAAACUGGGCCUACAGAGCUUUCAGUAGACAUGCUUCCUAAAAAGACACCAGUGUCCAAAUCUCCACUGAGAAACGAUGGAAAAAUUGCUGAAGGACCACCUCUUGCAGUUGAGAAGAAGCAAGCAAUUGAUGUGCCAAACAAGAAGACUCUCAAGCCAAAAUCCAAGUCCUUAUCGUCUGCAGACCUCCUUAAACCCGAUGGCCUUAAGAAGACCUCCUUUGUUAGGAUCAUCGACCUUGACCAUGGUAAAAAGGUGCCUAAGUUAUCCGUCAAGAGUGGACAGGCCGAUGAUCUCACUACGGAUACAAAUGACCAGUCAGUGGACACGGAGAAACGCCAGCGCAAAAUCUGCUCUCAGAAAUCGAUGCCGCUGCACAAUGGACAUCCAGAUGGACUGAACUUGAGGCGAGCAGUGAAUGGGAGCAUAUUAGGAGUUGAGCAGAGUGUAGAUGAAGAUCUGAAGAAUGUUGGUGAAUCUGAACAUGCAUAUGAAGAUAUCACAGAAUAUGAAAACCUGCCGCCUUCUAGCACUGCAACGACACAGGAUGCCAAUAAAUUCCAAAAAUAUGAGGACGAUGAGAUUUAUGAAGUUCCUGAUGUGUUCCCUGAACAGUAUGUUGAUGCCAAAGAGCAGCAGUUUCUUGAAAGAAAUGUCCUGGAAGAAGUGCAGGAAGUGGAUGAUACGCAUUCAGAAGAAGAUGAAGGCAGCUCAGAAGACGAGGAUAACACCGUCAAUAGAGAAAAACAGACUGAAGCGAAGAAGACCAAGGCUGCACACAUUGUAAAUGAGAUCCUGUCUUCGGAGAAAGUAUUUGUGAAAGUGCUAAAGCUCCUCAAUGUGGAUUUUCGUGACGCGUUACUGAAGGCCUCCUGUCAGGCAGGCAAACCCGUAAUCGACGAGCGAGUCUUGAACCAGAUCUUGUGUUAUUUGCCUCAGCUGUACGAGCUUAACUGUGACCUGUUGAGAGAACUGGACGAACGGGUUGCUCACUGGAAGGAGCACUGUGUUGUAGCAGACAUAUUUGUAAAGAAAGGCCCUUAUCUUAAAAUGUACUCCACUUAUAUUCGUGAGUUCGAUAAGAACGUGGCCCUUCUAGAAGAGCACUGCCGGAAAAACCCUGUGUUUGCCAAAGCCGUCCGAGAAUUUGAGAGUGAACCAUGCUGUGCAAACCUUGCAGUGAAACAUUACAUGCUGAAACCCAUCCAGAGGAUUCCACAGUAUCAGCUCCUCCUGACCAGUUAUUUGAAAAAUCUAGAUGAAGAAUCGCCGGACUACAAAGAUGCAGAAGCUGCCCUGACAAUAGUAAAGGAGGUGGCUAAUCACGCUAAUGAAAUCAUAAGACAAGAGGAUAACAGCCAGAAGCUCUAUGAGGUUCAGUGCCGCCUGACUGGGAAUCACGAGAUCGUCCAACCAGGAAGGGUGUUGCUAAAGGAAGGGAUCUUGAUGAAGCUCUCCAGGAAAGGGAUGCAGCCUCGAAUGUUCUUCUUAUUAAACGAUAGUCUUCUGUACACCACGCCGGUAGCAACGGGUAAUUUCAAACUGAACAACAUACUGUCACUGGCUGAGAUGAAGGUCAGUAAACCUAGUCAGGAGGGGUAUCAGAAUGAGCUGAACAUUGAGAGUGUUGAACGAUCUUUCAUUCUAUCCGCCAGCUCUGCUGCAUGUCGAGAUGAGUGGCUUCAGGCCAUUUCCACCGCAAUCUACGAUUACACCAAGAAAGACACCAACUUCAUCUCAGUUAGAAACCCUGAGACGACAUCCCAAGAUUUUCCAGACAGCGGGGCCCAGCUGGGAUCCAAAGCCCCGAUAUGGAUCCCGGACCUGAGGGCCACCAUGUGCAUGAUCUGCACCUGUGAGUUCACCCUCACCUGGAGACGCCACCAUUGUAGAGCCUGUGGGAAGGUUGUGUGUCAGGCCUGUUCAGCUAACAAACAGACUCUGAAAUAUCUGAAGAAUCAACUUGCGCGAGUUUGCGAUCUCUGCUUCUCUGCUCUGCAGCAAAAUAGUUCAGGUGAACAAGUACCCAGUAACACACCUCUGUCACCUGCUGGCAAGCCAUCUGGAGCCUUUCCCUUCAGAAAACAGAAGAAAAUACCGGCAGCCCUUAAAGAGGUUUCAGCUAACACAGACGGUUCCUCGAUGAGCGGCUACCUGGAGAGAACGAAGGCCAACAGGAAACAGUGGAAACGCUUCUGGUUUGUCAUCAUGAACAAAGUUCUGUACACUUACGCUGCCAGUGAGGAUGUCGCAGCUUUGGAAAGUCAGCCUCUUUUAGGAUUUUCUGUCCAAACAGAGAAACCAGAAUCUUCCUUGCAUUUUAAACUUUAUCACAAAAACACUCUGUACUACAUCUUCCGAGCAAGUGACAGCCAGAUCUGUGACAGAUGGAUAGAAGCGAUCCAGGAAGCCACGGUUCUCUAAACCUUGUUCGUCAGCCUGUGAAGUUUCCAGAUCAGAAGAUCAUGCAAAAGACGCAUUAAAUUUGAUUAAAUUAUAUGUGCAGUUGCUACUAUGAAGCUGUGCUCAAAAGUGUUGUGAAAUUAAUAUUUUAGUUAUUAAAUACUUCUCCAUAUCUGAUGAUGCACUUGCAUAAUAUGCUACAAAUCGUUAUAUCGCGCUGUUAUAUUUAUGCAUUAUGACAAAUACAUUGUAACC